CGGUAAACAAUUCGCUCGGUUCUCUGUCUAUAUAAGACUCAUCAAUGACUGACAUCCACAAAUUGAAUGAAACGUGGCAGUGAAUGUGCUUAAAUUUUAAGGAGUUGCAAGGGUAUUUUGUGUGUGAGAAAGAAAAACUGCAGACAAAGUUUUCUUAUUCUAAAGUACGUUGAACAAGUUUUUAAAAAUGAAAAUGAUGAAUAUUGCUGUUAUCGGUGCAGGAACAGCUGGUCUGUGUGCAGCUAAAACGGCGCUUCAAUCUGGUUGCGGAGUAACCGUUUUCGAACGAGCCAAACAAGUUGGCGGCACAUGGGUGUAUGACGAUAAAGUGGGCAAAGAUGAAUAUGGUCUUGAUGUGCAUACCUCGAUGUAUCAAGGCUUACACACGAAUUUACCAAAAGAGUUGAUGGGAUAUCCAGAUUUUCCAAUUCCGGAUCAAAAGAAAUCAUACAUACCACAAAAGGAUAUGCUCACGUUUUUGGAAUUGUAUGCGCAAAAAUUUAAUGUGUACGAACACAUUAAAUUUGAACAUUACGUGGUUCGUGUACGACCGUAUGGUGAUGACGAUCAAUGGGAAAUAAUCGUGCGUGACCUUCCAAAUAACACAUACGAUACGUAUAUAUUUGAUGCGAUUAUUGUAUGUAAUGGCCAUUAUCAUACGCCAGUUGUGCCAAAAUAUCCCGGUAAAGAGAUCUAUAAGGGUCAGCAAAUCCAUUCACAUGACUUUCGAUGUUCCAUUCCAUUCAAAGAUCAAGAUGUUCUUGUGAUUGGAGCUGGACCAUCCGGCAUGGACUUGGCAAAUGAAAUGUCAAAAGUUGCAAAGCGUGUAACGCUCAGUCAUCAUCAGAAUCCGGAACCAAAGACUGUAUUUCGAUCAAAUGUUGAUAUGAGACCGGACGUGGAACGGCUUACAGAAAAUGGUGUUGUAUUUGUUGAUGGCACCGAACAAAACUAUUCGGUUUUAAUGUAUUGCACCGGAUACAAAUAUACAUUCCCCUUUUUGAGCAUCGAUUGUGGUAUUUCCGUUGAUGAUAACUACGUGCAACCACUUUACAAGCACUGUAUCAACAUCAAUCACCCAACGAUGGCACUAAUCGGUGUCCCGUUUUACGUUUGCGCUUCGCAAAUGUUUGAUUUGCAGGUUCGAUUUGUGAUGAAAUUCUUUUCGAGACAAAAAAAAUUGCCAUCCAAAGAGGAAAUGUUAAAAGACACAAACGAUGAAAUGGAAGAGCGCUUUUCCACGAUGGGAUUGAAAAAACGUCAAGCACACAUGAUGGGACCAGUUCAAAACAAUUAUUACGAUGAUUUGUCAAGCACGGCAGGCAUUGAAAAUCUAAGACCAGUCAUUACUAAAAUGCACAAUGAUAGUUCCGAACGAUUUUUGGACGAUUUGACGAGUUUCCGCAAAGAUGUCUAUCGAAUCAUUGAUGACGAUACUUUUAUCAAAAUCAAAGGUUAAAUUCCGACACGCUGUAUCUAUUUACAUUUUCAUAAAAUGACAUUUUAACCUUAGUACAAGA